GAAUAAUUCUCAUAUGAAACUAUUUUUGCUUUUAGGAUAUAUAUUGCACUUUGGAUUCACUUACUUAAUUGAAAGUGAGUUAGGUAUUAAUUGGGAACCAAAACAAGAUGCAGUUAUCAAAAAGAUGAAGGAGAUUUUCAUAUAUUAUUAACAAUUUCAAAAUUAUGAAGUAGCAAAAUAAAAGCAAAGACUAGCCCAAGCGUACUUUUAAAGCCUUUCAGAAAAUUAGAAGGAAAUUUUAGAUCCAUAUUAAAUACAAACUUUAAUAAAUAUUUUUGAGACUUAAUUUUUAGAAAUUCAUAACAAAUAUAUAGAUAAUCAAAUACCUAAUGAUAAAUAUUAACCAGCUUAAUGGUAUUUUGAUUAUUAAUACUAUUUAAAAUUUAUUUAUUGGCCACUUGCGUUUGUUGUGGGCUUAUUUCUGAUAAAUUUGAUUUACUACUGUAUAGCAGAUAACUGUUUUAAAAUAAAAACAGAAUGA